AUGCCUUGUAUACUCGAAUAUGGAGAUCCACAAGAUGCUUUAAUUGAAAAUAAUCAAGAAAAUACAUUUAAACAACAAAAUAUCGAUUCAUAUCGUGAACCCAUUAAUUCAAUUAAUAAUGAUUCAACAAAAUUAAUUGAUUUUGUAUUCAAUUCUAAACAUCAAGAUUUCGUUCGCAAUCCACCAUCACCGAUGAGUACAACUGUCACACAAUCUAUAACAAAUUCAAGAACAUUUUCAAAACAUCCGUGUACUGAAGAGCCAGUUAGUUAUUGUGCACCAUGGGAUUUAAAAUCACAAGAAGAAAAAUUAAAAUUAUUGACAAAUAAUCAUCAACAACAAAAGCAAUCAUCUCCUUCUUCUCCGGCUCAUACGAAUUUAAUAACUCAAAAGCUUUCGAAUGAUACAUCGUCUACAUUUCGUCAACAAAACAUUGCCGAAUCAAAGCAACAACAACUACAACAAUCAAUAAGUUUAUCGGCCAAUGCUCUAUUACACCCAGAAAUCUCAAAUUCAUCUUCAUCCAUCAAUAAUAGUAACAAGUUUCAUCGGACACGAUCUGCUCGUACAUCAAAAAAAUCACUUCAGAUACAAUCACAACCUCCUGUUCCACCAUUGCCACCAGGUGGUUUAAAAACAACGUGCCACUGUGGAGUUGGAAAUGAAAUUGAUCCAUCAUUAAAAAAAAUUGCAUUUUGUUUAAAUGCUCAUGCAUUACGUUGUACAGAUACAAGUCGUUCAUUUAUAUUUUCAAGUUCGACAGACAAACCACAACAAAUACAAACACAACCAUUAACGGUUAAAGUUGAUACUUCUCUCGUUAUCGAAAAUAAACAACAACAAUCACCUCUUCAGUCUAAAAGUAAUACAUCUACAUUAUCGACAACUUCAUCUAUUUCACCAAUGCCAAAUAAUUCAUCAUCGUCAAAUGAUUCAUUUUCCAAUAAAACUCAAACAGCAACGAUUCCCGAACCACUUUCAUUCGAAGCAGCACUAUUAAAAUUUAAACGUUUAAGUUCAACUCGUUCAACUGUCUCAUCCUCUUCGUCACUUAAACAUGAUCAACAGUAUCGAACAAAUAACAAUGAUAUAUCGUAUGAACGUCCAUGGGACGCCAUGCAAACAUCUCUCAUUGGCAGUUUAACAUCACCUACAACAACAAAUGGAGCAUUAUUAAAAAAUACAAUACACACAGAAAACGAUUUAAAAUUCAAACGAGAAACAUCGUCGCCACCCAUGCAAAUAAUGUCAGGAGUACGCACAUCAUGUACAAAUGGAAAAUGUUGUAACACAAACAAUGUUCAUCAAGCAGCUACAAUUGUUGAAACAAAUAAAACGAGUUUUCGUGGGCGUUGUUCUUCACCAUCGUUGAUAACAAAAACAGUAGAGAAUAAUACAACCGAUAAUGAUUUACCAAUCGAUCGCUAUUUUUGGUAUCACUAUUCACUUUCACGUAGAAAAGCAGAAACAUUAUUGUACAAUCGCCCAUGUGGAAGUUUUCUUGUUCGACAAAGUGAAAGUGGAAAUAAAGAUGAUUAUUCACUUUCAAUUCGAACUGCAAGUGGUUGUGUUCAUAUGCGAAUUUGUUCAAAUAAUGGUGUUUAUAUACUUGGUCAAUGUUCACAUCCAUUUUCAACUGUACCGAGAAUGAUUGAAUAUUAUAGUCAAUGUGAAGUACCUAUUAAAGGUGUUCAACAUGUCAAAUUAGCCGGUCCUGUUUUUCGUUCGCCAGAAGACGAUCUUUUAUAA